GAGGAGUCAAGGGGCAGUCUUUCUUAAAGGGAGGCAUAAGGGAUGUGGUGAGGCCAUUCCGUAUAUCAUAGCGAAAGGGGAGGGAGAGAGGGAGAGAGAGAGAGAGAGAGAGAGGUUUCUUAAUUUUCUUAAUCUCGCAGAAUCAGAUAUCGCAAUGAGGUGGGCGCAAAGAAGUACAUGAGAGAGAGAGAGAGACCGAACCUGAGAGAGAGUGAGGAAUCGGGAAUAACCGCAGCGUCUUAUUCUUCGUCUUCUCUCUCUCUCUCGCUCUCUCUCUGAAUACGUAAGCGUAAGAAUUGGCUAAAACCCUAGUUUCAAUGCUCUAACGAAUAGAUCGGGAAGAACCCUAGACCUUAAUCAAUGGCCGCCGAAUUAGGGCAACAGACGGUGGAACUAUCCACCCUCGUCACGCGAGCUGCUCAAGAUUCCUACACCGCCCUCAAAGAACUCGUCGACAAAUGCAAGUCCACCGAAUUAUCCGACACCGAUAAGAAGAUUAGCAUCCUCAAGUUCCUCAGCAAGACUCAGCAGCGCAUGAUCCGUCUCAAUGUUCUCUCCAAGUGGUGUCAACAGGUUCCUUUGAUUCAGCACUGUCAGCAACUCGGUUCCACCGUUUCCAAUCAUGACAUGUGUUUCACUCAAGCUGCGGAUUCGUUGUUUUUCAUGCACGAGGGCCUUCAGCAGGCUCGUGCGCCCGUUUAUGAUGUGCCCUCCGCCAUUGAUAUUCUUCUUACGGGAAGUUACCAGCGUUUACCCAAAUGUGUAGAGGAUGUGGGAACUCAGUAUGCCUUGACGGAGGAUCAGCAGAAGCCUGCUUUAAAGAAGCUCGACACGCUUGUUCGCUCUAAAUUGCUUGAAGUUUCUUUACCUAAAGAAUUUUCUGAUAUAAAAGUUUCUGAUGGUACUGCAAUGCUUGCCGUGGAUGGAGAGUUUAAGGUUUUGGUAACCCUUGGGUACCGAGGACACCUCUCUUUGUGGAGGAUUUUGCAUUUGGAGCUGCUUGUUGGUGAGAAAAAUAAACCUGUGAAGUUGGAAGAACUGCGGCGUCAUGUGCUUGGAGACGAUUUAGAGAGGCGAAUGGCAGCAGCGGAAAAUCCGUUUUCGGUUUUGUACUCGGUUCUUCAUGAGUUAUGUGUUGCACUUGUCAUGGACACCGUCAUAAGGCAGGUGCAGGCUUUAAGACAGGGAAGAUGGAAAGAUGCAAUUCGCUUUGAGCUCAUAUCUGAGGGUGGUGCUGGCCAUGGAGCAAGUUCUAGUUCGGUGCAGAACCCUGAUGGAGAAUCUGAUUCAUCUGGUCUACGAACUCCAGGGUUGAAAAUUGUAUACUGGUUGGAUUUUGAUAAAAAUGGUGGUAUGUCUGAAUCGGGUACAUGCCCAUUCAUAAAAAUUGAACCUGGAUCAGAUCUUCAGAUCAAGUGUCUCCACAGCAACUUUGUCAUAGAUCCGUCAACGGGCAAGGAGGCAGAGUUUUCUUUGGACCAGAGUUGUAUUGAUGCUGAGAGGUUGCUGUUGAGAGCUAUCUGUUGCAACAGAUAUACCCGUCUGCUGGAAAUUAAAAGAGAACUGGUAAAAAAUACUCAGGUCUGUCGCACUGCAGAUGAUGUUGUGCUCCAGUCUCGCAUGGGUGAAGAUGAUAUUGAAUAUAAACAGAAGGAUGAUAAGAGCUGCAGCAAGGACUCUGAGGGGCUUGAGGUAUUGCGUGUUUGUGCCUAUGGCUCUUCUUUUUUUACUCUUGGAAUUAAUAUCAGGAAUGGCCGUUUCCUUCUACAAUCUUCACAAAACGUAGUUGUUUCUUCUGCUUUAUUAGAAUGUGAAGAAGCUAUGAAUCAGGGGUCUAUCACUGCAGCUGAGGUCUUCAUAAGGUUGAGAAGCAAAAGUAUAUUGCACUUAUUUGCAUCUAUUGGAAGUGUAUUAGGCCUUGAGGUAUAUGAGCAUGGAUUUAAUACAGUUAAAAUACCCAAGAACAUUUCAAAUGGUUCAGCUAUGCUAAUGAUGGGAUUUCCAGACUGUGGAAGCUCUUACUUCCUGCUGAUGCAACUUGAUAAGGAUUAUAAACCCUUGUUUAAGCUGUUAGAGACUCAGCCGGACCCAUCUGGAAAAGAUAAUUUUUUUGGUGAACUUAAUGAGGUGGUGCGGAUCAAGAAAAUUGAUAUAGGACAGAUGCAGGUUCAUGAAGAUGAAAUGAAUUUAAGCCUGGUUGACUGGGGAAAAUUACGGUCUGUCUUGCCUGAUGCUGCUUGUCCAAAUCAAACAUCUGGACAUGAGUUUUUUUCUGAUAUUUGCCUUGAGAAUUCCAUACAGAUUGCAAAAGGUCAUCCAUCAGGUUUUUCAUCACUUGUUGAUGAGGUGUUUGGACUUGAGAAGGGGUCUUCAGCGCCUUCAAUCUCUGUUCAAAAUCAUUCUUCGUCUGUGAAUACAUCCCUUCCUUCUCAUUAUGGCUCUACCCCUAUGAAUCUCCAUAGUUUAAAGGCUGGAACCCCUUCUCCCAAAUGGGAUGGAGGAAUGCAGAUGUCACAGGUUAAUAAUGUUACAAAGCCUUCUGUUGUUACUAGUCACUAUGGUGGUUCCUUGUUCUCAUCAGGCAGUGUGAAGGGCCCAGUCCAAUCCAGUUCUGUUGGCUCACUUCCAACUGGACAAGGAAGGAGCAGUGGUGGGAAAAAGCUAUCUGCUUCAAAGUCUGAACAGGAUUUAGCCUCUAUUAAAUCACCACAUUCAGUUGACAUUAGUUCCUCUGCUGCAAUGGAUGAAGAACAGCUAAGAGUGUUGAGUGAUACUUCUAAUGAUGCUUUAUCUGGAAGUCGGUCAUCUCGACUAUUAUCUCCUCCCCGGCCAACUGGCUCUCGAAUGUCUGUACCUAAUUCCAGACCUAAUGGACCUCAAGCUGCUGGAUCUAGUUCAUGUGCUACAACUCCCGUAUCCCAGGCACUGGAAUCCUCAGUUAAUUAUAGCACCGCCGAAGACAUUACCUCAAAAAAUGAUAAAAAAUCUCGAAAACGAACGGCUUCAGAUAUGUUAAAUUUGAUUCCGUCUCUUCAAGGUGUUGGAAACAACUCAGGACUCUGCAAGAGAAGAAAGAUUUCAGAUUCCUCUGAUUCUCAAUUGUCUUUGCCUCAAGGCGUUAUAUCUGCUGAAAUGAUACCAAAAACAGAAGGAUACAGUUAUGGAAGUUUAAUUGCGGAAGCAAAUAAAGGGAAUGUUCCAUCUUGUAUUUAUAUAGCGGCUCUUCUUCAUGUGGUUAGGCAUUGUUCACUUUGCAUCAAGCAUGCUAGACUAACCAGCCAGAUGGAUGCAUUAGACAUCUCAUAUGUUGAAGAAGUUGGUUUAAGGAGUGCAUCCUCCAACAUUUGGUUCCGUCUUCCAUUUGCCAGAGGUGAUUCAUGGCAACAUAUAUGCUUACGACUUGGCAGACCUGGUUGCAUGUAUUGGGAUGUUAAAAUUAAUGAUCAGCACUUCAGGGAUUUAUGGGAGCUUCAGAAAGGAAGCAGUAAUACCCCGUGGGGUUCAGGUGUUCGAAUUGCUAAUACAUCAGACAUAGAUUCACACAUACAUUAUGAUCCAGAUGGUGUUGUUUUGAGCUACCAAUCUGUUGAGGUAGAUAGUAUAAAGAAAUUAGUGGCUGAUAUCCAAAGGCUUGCUAAUGCAAGAACGUUUGCACUUGGCAUGAGAAAAUUGCUUGGGGUAAGAGCAGAUGAGAAGUUGGAAGAGCUCAUUACCAGUUCUGACACCAAGACAUCUGGUGCCAAGGUUGCUUCAGAUACUGCAGACAAACUGUCUGAACAGAUGAGAAGGGCAUUUAGAAUUGAGGCAGUUGGACUGAUGAGCUUGUGGUUUAGCUUUGGUUCAAGUGUCCUUGCUCGUUUUGUUGUUGAGUGGGAAUCUGGUAAAGAGGGUUGCACCAUGCAUGUAUCUCCUGAUCAACUUUGGCCUCAUACAAAGUUUCUGGAAGAUUUCAUAAAUGGAGCUGAAGUUUCAUCACUUUUGGAUUGCAUUCGGCUAACUGCUGGGCCGUUGCAUGCUCUGGCAGCUGCAACCAGGCCAGCACGAGCUGGUCCUGUUCCUGGGGUUGCUGCAGCUCUAUCUUCUAUUCCUAAACAGACUGGUUAUAUAUCAUCACAAGGACUUCUGCUUGGUAAUUCAACUACUAAUGUUGGUCAGCCUACAUCUGGUCCUGGGGCAAAUCCUGUCAUGUCUUCUGCUAGUGGUCUCUCUAACCAAACCCUUUCAAUGCUAGCUGCUGGGCGUGGUGGCCCAGGCAUUGUUCCAAGUUCACUUUUGCCCAUUGAUGUCUCUGUUGUGCUCCGUGGUCCAUAUUGGAUACGAAUCAUGUACAGGAAGCAGUUUGCAGUAGACAUGCGUUGCUUUGCAGGAGAUCAGGUGUGGUUGCAGCCUGCAACUCCGCCUAAAGAGGGUCGUCCUUCUGGAGGGUCAUUGCCAUGCCCCCAGUUUAGACCAUUUAUCAUGGAACAUGUUGCCCAGGAAUUGAAUGGAUUGGAUCCUAGUUUCACUGGACAACAGGCAGGUGGGCUGGCAAAUUCAAAUAAUCCAACCCCUAAUUCAGGAUCCCAGUUGAUGGCCGCAAAUGGAAAUAGAAUAAACUUGCCAACUUCUGCUGCAAUGUCUAGGACUGGAAACCAAGUAACUAGUUUAAACCGAGUAGGAAAUGCUUUAGCAGGCUCUUCAAACUUAGCUUUGAUGCAAUCGGCAGUCUCUCUACGGAGACCACCUGGAACUGUUGUCCCAGCACAUGUCAGAGGUGAGCUGAACACUGCCAUCAUUGGCCUUGGUGAUGAUGGAGGAUAUGGAGGUGGUUGGGUUCCUCUUGUUGCUCUUAAGAAGGUUUUGAGAGGUAUUCUCAAGUAUCUAGGAGUGCUAUGGCUAUUUGCCCAGUUACCUGAUCUUUUGAAAGAGAUCCUAGGAUCUAUUUUGAAGGACAAUGAAGGUGCACUUUUGAACUUGGACCCUGAGCAGCCUGCCUUGCGGUUUUUUGUUGGCGGAUAUGUAUUUGCUGUUAGUGUCCACAGAGUUCAGCUUCUUCUUCAGGUGUUGAGUGUUAAACGCUUUCACCAACAGCAGCAGCAACAGCAGCAAAAUUCAAAUCCUGCACCAGAAGAAUUAAGUCAAUCUGAAAUAAGUGAAAUAUGUGACUACUUCAGCCGUCGGGUGGCGUCAGAGCCCUAUGAUGCUUCUCGUGUUGCAUCAUUCAUAACUAUGCUCACUUUGCCUGUAUCAGUACUGAGAGAAUUCUUGAAAUUAAUUGCUUGGAAAAAGGGAUUAUCCCAGGCACAAGUUGGAGAUGUUGUUUCAGCUCAAAAGCCACGGAUUGAAUUGUGUCUUGAAAAUCAUGCUGGGUUGAAUGUGGAUGAGAACUCAGAGAGUUCAUCUGCAUUCAGAAGCAACAUUCAUUAUGAUCGCCUGCAUAAUUCUGUUGAUUUUGCACUUACUGUUGUUCUUGAUUCUGCUCACAUUCCUCACGUCAAUGCGGCUGGUGGUGCUGCAUGGUUGCCGUACUGUGUUUCGGUAAGAUUGAGAUAUUCAUUUGGUGAGAGUCCUAAUGUAUCAUUUCUUGGCAUGAGUGGUAGCCAUGGUGGUAGGGCCUGUUGGUUGCGUGUUGAUGAUUGGGAGAAGUGCAGACAGAGAGUGGCACGAACAGUGGAGGUUAAUGGGAGCUCAGCAGCAGAUGCAAGUCAAGGUAGGUUGAAAUUAGUUGCAGAUAGUGUGCAAAGAAAUCUCCAUAUGUGCAUUCAAGGGCUAAGAGAUGGUAGUGGGGUCACAGCUAGCUCGGGAGCAACGUGAUGGUUCUUUUACUAGCAGCAGUUAUAUAUAUGCCGGGUUAGUGCUGUCAAUAUUGCAUUUUGGUUUACCAUUAUAAGAAACGGUGCCGUACUAAGUUUUAAGCAUGCCCUCAUCCUAGCACAUCUCUUCUGCUCGUAGUUUAUGCAGUUCUAUUGGAGAUGACCUUUGCUGUAAUGGAGAAAGUGCACAGGUGGUUAACAGAUGAUUUUGAUAAAAUUUGUAAGGAGAUUGACAUUUGAUAGUCAAGUUAGAUUUUCGAGCACCAAUUUUAGAUUACUAACCAAUAUAUAUAACGAGUGUUUGACGUUUCUCAGAUCAUUAACUAGGUUGUACAAUAUCUUUGCUGAUAGUGUAGUAUCAUGAUAUGACUUGGCUGGUGGCUAUUAUUGUACAGAUUACAUCAAAUGAAUAGCUUAGUUUUUGUGAACAUCAUUUGAAUAGAUUAGUGAAGGAAAUUUGUUACGCCCGAUCUCUAUGGAUAAUGAACGCAUGCAAGCAAUUGAAAGACAUUGCUGCAUAAUUUAAUUUUGAAUUCAUCUUGUCCGUGGCGAUGCUCUUGCUUUUUCAAGCCUCGUUUCGUUAAUGUUAUUUGUAAUUUCUCAUUAGUUUGAAAAUUAUGAUGUAUUUUUUAUUUUUUUGCGUGUGAUUUUUAAUGUAUUUUAAUGUAGUCGACUGAAAGUAUUUUAAUGUAAUAUGG